CUGUUCCAUGACCGAGGAAAUCAGUAUUCCUUCGAGUCUCUCUAUGAGAACAACACAAAAUGUUGAACGUGUUUUUAAUAACCAGCCUCUUUUAUGUUGCAAGUGCCACCACCUAUGUGACCACCAAUAGUCACAUCGAGAUGCCAAUAUACCAGAAGCGUCCUUUGAGCGAGCAAAUGGAGAUGAUUGAUAUCCUGGAUUUGGGUGACCGUCCCAGACGACAGGCGGAGCCCAAUCUCCACAAUUCAGCCUCGAAAUUCCUUCUCGAAGUUUACAACGAGAUUAGCGAGGACCAAGAGCCCAAAGAGGUACUGCAUCAGCGCCACAAACGCUCGCUGGACGAUGACAUCCUGAUUUCCAACGAGGAUCGACAGGAGAUUGCCAGUUGCAAUAGCAUCCUUACCUUUUCGAGCCGCUUGAAACCCGAGGAACUGGACAACGAGCUUGAUAUGCACAUUACCUUCAACACCAACGAUGUGCCAGUGGAUUUGAGUUUGGUUCAGGCCAUGCUCAGGAUAUACAAGCAGCCAAGCCUGGUGGACAGAAGGGAGAACUUCACGGUGUCCGUGUACCGAAAACUGGACAAUCGCCAGGACUUUUCCUAUCGCAUCCUGGGCUCUGUGAAUACUACGAGCAGCCAACGUGGCUGGUUGGAAUUCAAUUUGACAGAUACGCUGCGGUCUUGGUUACUCAAUAAGGGACUGCAACGGCGAAAUGAGCUAAGGAUAUCAAUUGGCGACUCCCAGCUGAGCACAUUUGCAGCCGGAUUGGUGACACCGCAGGCCAGCCGCUCCAGUUUGGAGCCCUUUAUUGUCGGCUAUUUCAACGGUCCCGAGCUGCUGGUCAAAAUACAGAAACUUCGAUUCAAGAGAGAUCUGGAAAAGCGAAGGGCAGGUGGUGGUUCGCCACCACCUCCUCCGCCGCCGACCGUGGAUCUGUACAGACCUCCGCAGUCCUGCGAACGCCUCAACUUCACCGUGGACUUCAAGGAGCUGCACAUGCACAACUGGGUGAUAGCGCCCAAAAAGUUCGAGGCCUAUUUCUGCGGCGGCGAUUGCAACUUCCCGCUGGGCACCAAAAUGAAUGCCACCAACCACGCCAUCGUCCAAACCCUGAUGCACCUGAAGCAGCCGCAUCUGCCCAAGCCCUGCUGUGUGCCCACAGUUUUGGGUGCCAUCACUAUUCUGCGGUAUCUCAAUGAGGACAUCAUCGACCUGACCAAAUACCAAAAGGCGGUGGCCAAGGAGUGUGGAUGUCAUUAGAUUUAAUUGCCUAUUUCGAUUGUGAUUGUGAUGUACAUAGUA